AUGAAAUUAGUUUUAUACAAAAUUAUUGAUGCUAAUAAACUAUACUUAACUGGAGGUUAUUUAUCAUUACAAAAUACACCAGGUUUAACAAUUGUACCAGUGAUUUCAACUGAAAUGAAUCUAGUUGUCUAUAAAGAUGGUAAACCUGAUACUUUUCUUAUUUUUCAAGACAUGCUUAUCGCAUUCCUAUCUCAGUAUGACUAUUAUUCUUACACGGGAAACAAUUUGCGUGAUUGUUUAAUGCAGAAUGAUUCUCAAGCUUUAACUUAUGGAACAUUAGUUGAAACAAGCUGCCUUUUCAACUUGGAUUGGUCUUAUGCAUGUAAUAUCAACAAUUAUUUUGGGUAUGAUAGUGGAUCACUUUGUGUAAUAAUUAAACUUAAUCGUCUCUAUGGAUGGUUGCCUGAUGUACGAUCGAUUGAGAAUGGGACUAAGAUAUGUUGUAAAGGAGCUAAUCCAAAUGACGAUAUUCUUUUAGGUACAAUUUGUCUGUAUGAUGCUUAUGUACACACAGAAGAAGGAUGUGGACGACAAUGCGCUUUUAUUCCUCAUCAAUAUUUUCCAUAUUUAAACCAAGAAUCAUAUCAGUCUCCUUUGAUCUUUCUUCAAUUUCAAAAUGUCAAGAAAAAUGUUUUGAUACAGAUCCAUUGUGAGACAGUAAAUUUGUCUAAUAAGAUGAGUGUAAAUUUCGCACUUCUGGUGGACUAG